AAAGCAAAGGUAGGGAGAAAUGGAAAAGCCACCAUAAAAACAACAAUAUCCGUGGUCCCUACCCCAACAUAAAGCGAAGGAAAACCCCCACACAAUUCAUCUAGAUUCCCCAACACCAAAAUAAAGCUUGCUCAUAAUCAUCAUGCAACUGAUGAAGCAAGAUACUAUUGAAGUGAGUGCUCUAGUAGUAUUGAGAAACAUGGGUUCAUUGGUGUUUGGAGUGUGGUUUCUCUGGGCAGCAUAUACAAUCCCUCUAAGUUGGUGCCACCCCAACACAUGUCGUUCAUACUGCGGCAACAUAACCAUAGACUACCCCUUCGCACUCCAAUACGGUUGCGGCCACCCUGGCUUCCGCGAUCUUCUUUUCUGCAUGAACGAGGUUCUCAUGUUCCACGUCAGCUCCGGCUCCUACAGGGUCCUCGAAAUCGACUACGCCUACCAGGCCCUCACGCUUCACGAGCCUCACAUGUCUACCUGCCACAACCUCGUCCUCGGAUCCCGAGGCAACGGCUUCUCCGUCGAACCCUGGCGGGCUCCUUACAUGAACCCCGCCGCCGACAACGUCUUCAUGCUCAUCGCCUGCUCCCCUCGCUCCCCCCUCUUCCAGGGCUUCCCCGGAAAACACCUCCCCUGCCGCAACGUCUCCGGAAUGGGCUGCGAGGAGUACCUCUCCUGCCCCGCCUGGGAGAUGAUGGGCCACAAGAGAUCUGGCCCCGCCUCCUUCUUCGGCUCCGGCCCACUUGAGUGCUGUGCCGUUCCCUAUCAGGCUAUUAGGGAGAUUAACCUCACCAAGCUUCAGUGUGAAGGGUAUAGCAGUGCUUAUAGCGUCGCUCCGCUUAAGGUUGAUGGGCCAGGCGGGUGGUCCUACGGGAUCCGUAUUAGGUACUCCCUUCAGGGGAAUGAUGAGUUCUGUGGCGCCUGUGAAGCCACUGGUGGCACCUGUGGCUACGGUUCCGAUGGGAUUAGACAGGUCUGUAUGUGCGGGGACUUCAACUCCACCUCCAAUUGUGAUUCAGUUGGCUUACCGUCAGGAGCAACACAUGAUCAAGUAUUAGCAGGACUAUUGACGUAUGUGGUAUUGUGGAUGACGAGCAAUCAGAUUUCAAAAGUAGGAUAUGUAUAGUGUGUGAGACUGUCAUCGUGAAAUGGGUCACGUGUUCCAUAUGUAAAUGCCAUUUUUUUUGCUGAAGACAAUGGUGGUCAUACAAUGAGAGUGAGAGCGAGUUUUGAUUUGUAUUCCGUGUUCCCCAUCUAGAGGCUUACUCAAACAUUAUUCAAAAGCGCAGGAUGCAGGGUAAUGCUAUUUUACUAAAA